AUGUCUGAGGAUAUCUAUGCCAAAUCAGACCUCACCAAGAAAGUUAGGUUUCAAAGAAAUGAGGCUGGCAAUGAAGAAGAGAGUGACAAAAAUAUAAAGGAUUAUGUGGAUAGUGUGAAGAUUUAUGACAACUUCUGGGCAGAGGGGAACUCACCUCCUACAGUAGAGGACAACACCACUGAGGACCAACAGCAGAUUAAUUCUGUCGAUGUGAAUUCAGAGAAGAGAAACUACGUCAAAACUGCUUUACUGCUCUUGGGACUGCUGUGUUUUCUCCUCCUGGUUGCUGUCAUUGUCUUAAUGAGCAUCAGCAUAGCCAGUUGGCGCUCAGAAAGAAAUUUGAGAAUGGAGCUUCAGAAAAGCAAUGGGAAUUUGGAAAGGUCUAAUCAGAACCUGACCAAAAGGAGCAGACUGUUAGAAGAUGAGAAAACCAACCUGACCAUUGAGAGAGACCAACUGGAGGCCAUUAACUCUAAUCUAACUAGUGAACAAUACCAGUUAAAAACCAUUAACUCCAACCUAACCACAGAGAGAGACCAACUGGAGGCCAUUAACUCUAAUCUAACUAGAGAAAAAUACCAGUUAAAAACCAUUAACUCCAACCUAACCAGUGAGAGAGACCAGUUAAAGGCAAUCAACACCAAUCUGACUAAAGAAAAAGAUGAGUUGUGUAAGCAGCUUCUGGAUGUAUCUUCUUGUCCUGAUUCAUGGAGGAAGUUUGGUGGUCAUUGUUAUUUUAUUUCCAACUCAACACAAACCUGGCAUGUCAGCAAACAGGACUGUGAAAACCGUGGUGCAACACUUGCAGUUGUAUCUAAUGAAGAGGAACAGAGAUUCAUCAGCUCAUUGGGGCAGCGUUUGUGGAUUGGUCUGAAUGAUCUUGAGAACGAAGGUGUCUGGAAAUGGGUAAAUGGAGAAAAUGUUGGCAGAACGUACUGGAAACAGGGACAGCCAGAUGAUUGUAAACCUUGUGGUGGAGAAGACUGUGGUGAGGUUUUGGGUCAAGAGAGGGACCCUCUUAAAACCUGGAAUGAUCGAUUUUGCAAUGAUAAAGAACUCUUCAUCUAUACUGUGAUGUCUGAGGAUAUCUAUGCCAAAUCAGACCUCACCAAGAAAGUUAGGUUUCAACAAAACGAAGGACGCAACAUAGAAGAGAGUGACAAAAAUAUAAAGGAUUAUGUGGAUAGUGUGAAGAUUUAUGACAACUUCUGGGCAGAGGGGAACUCACCUCCUACAGUAGAGGACAACACCACUGAGGACCAACAGCAGAUUAAUUCUGUCGAUGUGAAUUCAGAGAAGAGAAACUACGUCAAAACUGCUUUACUGCUCUUGGGACUGCUGUGUUUUCUCCUCCUGGUUGCUGUCAUUGUCUUAAUGAGCAUCAGCAUAGCCAGUUGGCGCUCAGAAAGAAAUUUGAGAAUGGAGCUUCAGAAAAGCAAUGGGAAUUUGGAAAGGUCUAAUCAGAACCUGACCAAAAGGAGCAGACUGUUAGAAGAUGAGAAAACCAACCUGACCAUUGAGAGAGACCAACUGGAGGCCAUUAACUCUAAUCUAACUAGUGAACAAUACCAGUUAAAAACCAUUAACUCCAACCUAACCACAGAGAGAGACCAACUGGAGGCCAUUAACUCUAAUCUAACUAGAGAAAAAUACCAGUUAAAAACCAUUAACUCCAACCUAACCAGUGAGAGAGACCAGUUAAAGGCAAUCAACACCAAUCUGACUAAAGAAAAAGAUGAGUUGUAUGACAGUAUUUCCACGUUAAGUAGAUUCAUCAGCUCAUUGGGGCAGCGUUUGUGGAUUGGUCUGAAUGAUCUUGAGAACGAAGGUGUCUGGAAAUGGGUAAAUGGAGAAAAUGUUGGCAGAACGUACUGGAAACAGGGACAGCCAGAUAAUUGUAAACCUUGUGGUGGAGAAGACUGUGGUGAGGUUUUGGGUCAAGAGAGGGACCCUCUUAAAACCUGGAAUGAUCGAUUUUGCAAUGAUAAAGAACUCUUCAUCUACCUCACCAAGAAAGUUAGGUUUCAAAGAAAUGAGGCUGGCAAUGAAGAAGAGAGUGACAAAAAUAUAAAGGAUUAUGUGGAUAGUGUGAAGAUUUAUGACAACUUCUGGGCAGAGGGGAACUCACCUCCUACAGUAGAGGACAACACCACUGAGGACCAACAGCAGAGCAUAGCCAGUUGGCGCUCAGAAAGAAAUCUGAGAAUGGAGCUUCAGGAAAGCAAUGGAAAUUUGGAAAGGUCUAAUCAGAACCUGACCAAAAGGAGCAGACUGUUAGAAGAUGAGAAAACCAACCUGACCAUUGAGAGAGACCAGUUAGAGGCAAUCAACACCAAUCUGACUAAAGAAAGAGAUGAGUUGCAUAAGCAGCUUCUGGGUACUGGAAACGUGGACAGCCGGAUAAUUGUUGUAGAGGAGAAGACUGUGGAUAUCUAUGCCAACCAAGACCUCCCCAAGAAAGUUAGGUUUCAAAGAAAUGAAGAAGGCAAUGAAGAAGAGAGUGACAAAAAUAUAAAGGAUUAUGUGGAUAGUGUGAAGAUUUAUGAAAACUUCCAGGCAGAGGGGAACUCACCUCCUACAGUAGAGGACAACACCACUGAGGACCAACAGCAGAUUAAUUCUGUCGAUGUGAAUUCAGAGAAGAAAAACUACGUCAAAACUGCUUUACUGCUCUUGGGACUGCUGUGUUUUCUCCUCCUGGUUGCUGUCAUCGUCUUAAUGACCAUCAGCAUCUCAGAGAGAAAUCUGAGAACUGAGCUUCAGAAAAGCAAUGGAAAUUUGGAAAGGUCUAAUCAGAACCUGACCAAAAGGAGCAGACUGUUAGAAGAUGAGAAAACCAACCUGACCAUUGAGAGAGACCAACUGGAGGCCAUUAACUCUAAUCUAACUAGUAAACAAUACCAGUUAAAAACCAUUAACUCCAACCUAACCAGUGAGAGAGACCAGUUAAAGACAAUCAUCACCAAUCUGACUAAAGAAGGAGAUGAGUUGUGUAAGCAGCUUCUGGACGUAUCUUCUUGUCCUGAUUCAUGGAGGAAGUUUGGUGGUCAUUGUUAUUUUAUUUCCAACUCAAAAAAAACCUGGCAUGUCAGCAAACAGGACUGUGAAAACCGUGGUGCAACACUUGCAGUUGUAUCUAAUGAAGAGGAACAGAGAUUCAUCAGCUCAUUGGGGCAGCGUUUGUGGAUUGGUCUGAAUGAUCUUGAGAACGAAGGUGUCUGGAAAUGGGUAAAUGGAGAAAAUGAUAUCUAUGCCAAACCAGACCUCACCAAGAAAGUUAGGUUUCAGAAAAAUGAAGCUGGCAAUGAAGAAGAGAGUGACAAAAAUAUAAAGGAUUAUGUGGAUAGUGUGAAGAUUUAUGACAACUUCUGGGCAGAGGGGAACUCACCUCCUACAGUAGAGGACAACACCACUGAGGACCAACAGCAGAUUAAUUCUGUCGAUGUGAAUUCAGAGAAGAGAAACUACGUCAAAACUGCUUUACUGCUCUUGGGACUGCUGUGUUUUCUCCUCCUGGUUGCUGUCAUUGUCUUAAUGAGCAUCAGCAUAGCCAGUUGGCGCUCAGAAAGAAAUCUGAGAAUGGAGCUUCAGAAAAGCAAUGGGAAUUUGGAAAGGUCUAAUCAGAACCUGACCAAAAGGAGCAGACUGUUAGAAGAUGAGAAAACCAACCUGACCAUUGAGAGAGACCAACUGGAGGCCAUUAACUCUAAUCUAACUAGUGAACAAUACCAGUUAAAAACCAUUAACUCCAACCUAACCAGUGAGAGAGACCAGUUAGAGGAAAUCAUCACCAAUCUGACUAAAGAAAGAGAUGAGUUGUGUAAGCAGCUUCUGGGUACUGGAAACAGGGACAGCCAGAUGAUUGUAAACCUUGUGGUGGAGAAGACUGUGGUGAGCUUUUGGGUCAAGAGAGGGACCCUCUUAAAACCUGGAAUGAUCGAUCUUGCAAUGAGAAAGAACUCUUCAUCUGAUAUCUAUGCCAAACCAGACCUCACCAAGAAAGUUAGGUUUCAGAAAAAUGAAGCUGGCAAUGAAGAAGAGAGUGACAAAAAUAUAAAGGAUUAUGUGGAUAGUGUGAAGAUUUAUGACAACUUCUGGGCAGAGGGGAACUCACCUCCUACAGUAGAGGACAACACCACUGAGGACCAACAGCAGAUUAAUUCUGUCGAUGUGAAUUCAGAGAAGAGAAACUACGUCAAAACUGCUUUACUGCUCUUGGGACUGCUGUGUUUUCUCCUCCUGGUUGCUGUCAUUGUCUUAAUGAGCAUCAGCAUAGCCAGUUGGCGCUCAGAAAGAAAUCUGAGAAUGGAGCUUCAGGAAAGCAAUGGGAAUUUGGAAAGGUCUAAUCAGAACCUGACCAAAAGGAGCAGACUGUUAGAAGAUGAGAAAACCAACCUGACCAUUGAGAGAGACCAGUUAGAGGCAAUCAACACCAAUCUGACUAAAGAAAGAGAUGAGUUGCAUAAGCAGCUUCUGGAGGCAUCUUCUUGUCCUGAUUUUUGGACGAGGUUUGGUGGUCAUUGUUAUUUUAUUUCCAACUCAAAAAAAACCUGGCAUGUCAGCAAACAGGACUGUGAAAACCGUGGUGCAACACUUGCAGUUGUAUCUAAUGAAGAGGAACAGAGAUUCAUCAGCUCAUUGAAGCAGCGUUUGUGGAUUGGUCUGAAUGAUCUUGAGAACGAAGGUGUCUGGAAAUGGGUAAAUGGAGAAAAUGUUGGCAGAACGUACUGGAAACGUGGACAGCCGAAUAAUUGUUGUAGAGGAGAAGACUGUGCUGAGCUUUCGGGUCAAGAGAAGGACCCUCUGAUAAACUGGAAUGAUCGAUCUUGCAAACAGAAAGAAUUCUUCAUCUCAGAAGCUGAAUGGAACGAGAAGUCUCUGAUCUCUGCAUUCCAGAGUGGUCUCAACCGCACCGUUGGUUGUGAGAUGGCGCUCCGGCAGGAACUCCAUUCACUGGAUGAUGUCAUCGAGGCAGCUAUUCAGGGGGUCCGGAAUCCUGAUCCUCCGUCCAAGCCAGUCCAGGUCACUGUGGCACCUGUCAUUUCUCCGGAGGAGCAGGAGACGGUGUUCCCUGCUCUUAGUAAGAUGGAACCCCGAAGCAGAUGCAGCGUUUGUGAAGUUGAAAAGGGCGUUCACUUCGGCCCCCAUUCUGUCGGUUCCGGAUCCGGCUCGUCAGUUCAUCGUGGAGGUGGACGCCUCUGA